AUGGCGGAAGGUCUGCGGCACGUCGUCCACCGCCGGGUGCACCUGGAGCGUUCGCAGCCUCAGGCGCGCCGUGCGCGUGUCGGACGCUUCCUGGAGAAGAAGCGCGACUACAAGCAGCGUGCCGAGCGCUACCAUGUUAUGGAACGCCGGAUUCGUGACCUUGCUGCCAAGGCCAGGUUCCGCAAUGAGGACGAGUUCAACUUCAAGAUGGUCCACGGCAAGCUGGGCGACGACGGGGUGGUGGUGCUGCCCUCUUCGGCCUCGGUGGCGGCGCGCAAACUGGACAAGAAGGGCCAGUUCCGCCGCAGUCUCGAGGAGCUGGACCGGAACCGCCUCGUGCUGCGCCACCGUUCCGCUGUGAAAGGCAAGCGCGCGCAGGCAGCGGUCACGGAUAACGCAACGCUGCUCAUGGACGGCGGCAAGCACGUGACGUUUGAAGACGGCUCGGAUUCCGACGAGGGAGAAGACACGGACCCGGACUCAGCCACCGCUGGCGCCACUAGACGGUGCCCGUCAGAUUCUGGCGAGUCGUCGGAUGCCAGCGACGGAUCUGACAGCGACGCCGCGCCGGCAGCCAAGACCAGGCGUGGGAAGCAAUCGCAAGCUGGCUCCAAGGCGCAUGCAUCGACCGCCCCUCGGCGCUCCCGUGCCACGAAACGCGUGCGGGAGCACUUGAUCGCACUGAGUGAGACCAUCGAGGCCAAACGCGCGGACGACCAGUUGCGGCAACGCCUGGACGCGGAACGCGAAUUGCGCGUGGCUGUGCACAAGAAGCGCCAGGUGCGGCGCGCCCGGGGCAGCAACGUGCACGUAUUCCCGUUUGAGAGACAAAAGUGA